AGCUUUGAUGCGAGCAAGCUAAGCUGACGUUUUGAAAUUCAGUGCAGAGGAAAGAAUUGUGAAGGUUGCAGUCGGUCAAUCAAGAGAGUUGCUGAAGUAUAUUGUUACAUUUUAUUUAUAUCGUUAUUCGGGAGAAGCAACAUGGCUUCGGGAGGAGAAUCCAAAAAUGAUGACCUAUCCACUGCGAUCCUGAAGCAAAAGAACAGACCAAACAGGUUGAUAGUUGAUGAAUCCAUCAAUGAAGACAACAGUGUUGUGUCACUUUCUCAGGCUAAGAUGGAUGAACUGCAGCUCUUCAGAGGAGACACUGUGCUGCUCAAGGGCAAGAAGAGGAGGGAGACGGUGUGUAUUGUGCUCUCUGAUGACUCCUGCUCUGAUGAGAAAGUCCGCAUGAACAGGGUGGUCCGUAACAACCUGAGGGUCCGCCUGGGAGAUGUCAUCAGCAUCCAGCCUUGUCCAGAUGUCAAGUAUGGAAAGCGUAUCCAUGUCUUGCCCAUUGAUGACACAGUUGAAGGCAUCACUGGCAACUUGUUUGAGGUGUACCUGAAGCCAUAUUUUCUUGAGGCCUACCGGCCCAUCCGUAAAGGGGACAUUUUCCUGGUCAGGGGUGGUAUGCGUGCAGUAGAAUUCAAAGUGGUGGAGACGGACCCCAGUCCUUACUGCAUCGUGGCCCCCGACACGGUCAUCCACUGCGAGGGGGAGCCCAUCAAGCGUGAGGAUGAGGAGGAGUCUCUCAAUGAGGUCGGCUAUGAUGACAUUGGAGGAGUCCGUAAGCAGUUGGCUCAAAUCAAAGAGAUGGUUGAGCUCCCUCUCAGACACCCUGCCCUGUUCAAGGCAAUUGGCGUGAAGCCUCCCCGUGGCAUUCUGCUGUAUGGACCUCCUGGAACUGGAAAAACUCUGAUCGCCCGUGCUGUCGCUAACGAAACUGGAGCUUUCUUCUUCCUCAUCAAUGGCCCUGAGAUCAUGAGCAAACUGGCCGGCGAGUCUGAGAGCAACCUGAGAAAAGCCUUCGAGGAGGCCGAGAAGAACGCCCCCGCUAUCAUCUUCAUUGAUGAGCUCGAUGCCAUUGCCCCCAAGAGGGAGAAGACCCAUGGUGAGGUGGAGAGGCGCAUUGUGUCUCAGCUGCUGACCCUGAUGGACGGCCUGAAGCAGAGGGCUCAUGUCAUCGUCAUGGCUGCCACCAACAGACCCAACAGCAUUGACCCGGCCCUCAGGAGAUUCGGUCGCUUUGACAGAGAAGUGGACAUUGGCAUUCCAGACGCUACAGGCAGACUUGAGAUUCUCCAGAUUCACACCAAGAACAUGAAGCUGGCUGAUGAUGUUGACCUCGAGCAGGUUGCCAAUGAGACCCAUGGGCAUGUGGGUGCUGAUCUGGCUGCCCUCUGCUCCGAGGCUGCCCUGCAGGCCAUCAGAAAGAAGAUGGACCUCAUUGACCUGGAGGACGAGACCAUUGACGCUGAAGUCAUGAACUCACUGGCCGUCACCAUGGAUGACUUCAGAUGGGCCCUGAGCCAGAGCAACCCAUCUGCCCUGCGUGAGACUGUGGUGGAGGUGCCCAACAUCACCUGGGAGGACAUCGGAGGUCUGGAUGACGUCAAGAGGGAGCUGCAGGAGCUUGUGCAGUACCCAGUGGAGCACCCCGACAAAUUCCUCAAGUUUGGCAUGACCCCAUCCAAGGGUGUGCUGUUCUAUGGACCACCAGGUUGUGGUAAGACACUCCUGGCUAAAGCCAUCGCCAACGAGUGCCAGGCCAACUUCAUCUCCAUUAAAGGCCCAGAGCUGCUCACCAUGUGGUUCGGAGAGUCUGAGGCCAACGUCCGUGAGAUCUUCGACAAGGCUCGUCAGGCUGCUCCAUGCGUGCUCUUCUUUGACGAGUUGGACUCCAUCGCCAAGGCCCGUGGUGGCAACGUGGGCGAUGGUGGCGGAGCCGCUGACCGCGUCAUCAACCAGAUCCUGACAGAGAUGGACGGCAUGUCCAGCAAGAAGAACGUCUUCAUCAUUGGUGCCACCAACAGGCCCGACAUCAUCGACCCAGCCAUCCUCAGGCCCGGUCGUCUGGAUCAGCUCAUCUACAUCCCCCUGCCCGAUGAGAAGUCCCGCAUGAACAUCCUCAAGGCCAACCUCAGGAAGUCUCCCAUUGCCAAGGAAGUGGACCUGGAGUUCCUGGCCAAGAUGACCAACGGCUUCUCUGGAGCUGACUUGACCGAGAUCUGCCAGCGGGCCUGCAAACUGGCCAUCAGGGAGUCCAUCGAGAAUGAGAUCAGAAGGGAACGAGAAAGGCAGACCAACCCCUCAGCCAUGGAGGUGGAGGAAGAUGACCCCGUUCCUGAGAUCAGAAAAGACCACUUUGAGGAGGCCAUGCGCUUUGCUCGUCGCUCCGUCAGUGACAACGACAUCCGCAAGUACGAGAUGUUCGCACAGACGCUGCAGCAGAGCAGAGGAUUCGGCAGCUUCAGAUUCCCCUCCAGCAACCAGAGUGGCAGUGGACCAAGCCAGGGCUCAUCAGGAGGCGGCGGCGGCACCGUGUUCAACGAGGACAACGAUGAUGACCUCUACGGCUGAAGAGACCACAUGCCUGACUGACGCUUUAGUCCUCUCAGGCCACCAUGUACAAAAAAAAAAAAAGAGUGAAAAAAAAAAUCUACAAAAAAAACCAACCAACUAUAAAAUUCCACAUUUUUAGGACUCCUGUGCUUCUUUAAUGUCUUUCUUUUUUUAUUAUUAUUAUUCCCUCCAAUUCAAUCUAUUCUCUCCCACUCUUUAUUCCCACACCUGUCGGAGAAAAAGCAUGUAGCUGCUUGUACUUGGCUCUGGUUUGUGAAAGGAUGAUUAUUGCUGAAAUCUUGAUCUUUAUGUAACGUGGGUUGGGGCGGGGGGGUUGCAUUUCCGUGAAUACAUACCAGGUUAGAGUGGCUUCAUUCUUACUUUUUUCACAACCUAUGCGAGCAGCUUUAGUGAUGGGAUUAACGCUAUAGCCUGUUGAAAGAAAACGGAUUUAAAAAAAGAGGAAAAAAAUGCUAAUUACUUCAUUUUUUUAUGAAUGUAGCAUAUAAUGUAUUACAAGUUUGAAAAUGUUCCAAUAAAAUUCACGAAAGGAAAUAAA